GUGUCGGUGACAGGAAGCGGAAGCAGACUCGAGUGCUAGGCUGGGUGUUACGUCAUCCGUGUGCGCCUCAUCCGGAGCCAUCGUGGUAACACGUGAGGACAGCUUGAGCUACGUUCCAGCAUGGGUAGGAAACUAGACCCCCUGAAGAAGGUGCCACGAGGUCCUGGUCGAAAAUCCAGAAAACAACACGGAGCUGAGAAUGAACUGAAGAAUAUCCUUACUGAGGAUUCCGAUGUAAAACGUCUGUCCAGACGCGGCAGGAAGAGGGCGGCUAAGAGGCGAAUCGUAGAGGAAAAACCCCCUGUGGUGAAGUCAACAGCAAAGCAAAAUGGUAAUGGGCAAACUGAUACUAAAGAGGAAAAGGUUACUAGUGGAUUUAGUGAUGAGAAUUCCCAAUGGUUGAAACCUGUUAAACGAGCACGAAAAGAAAUGCCAAGCCAAGUGGAUAGUGAGGAUGAAGAGGAAGGCCACAGUGAGGAAGAGACCAUGGAUGAAGAAGAGGAGCAGAUGGAGGAGGUAGAGGAGGGCGAAAAUGAGGAGGAGGAAGAAGAGAGUGAGGACGAGGAAGGCCAGAGUGAUGAGGAGUCUGCAGGAGCAGGAGCACUUUCCAUUUCGGACAGUGACGAUUUAGAGGAUGAUUUUGGAAUCUCAUCAGAGGAAGAUGGGGAGGAACUUCUCCCAAUAGAAAAAGAAUCUGCUAAACUGAAACAGAAAAAGCUGAAAAAGAAGCAAAUUAGUGAGAAGGCCCAAGAUGGGAAGGAGUCUACCAUUCAGCUCAAUGUGGAUGCAGAGGAGCCAUUCGAAAUGCCAACUAACGAGGAGAUGGAAAAUGAAUUGCUGAAUGCCCCAGAUCUUUCCACUGUCCAGGAGCGCAUUAAAGAUGUGGUAGGAGUUCUGCAGGAUUUUACUAGUCGCGGCGGACCUCAUUCACGUCAGGACUACCUCAACAUUCUUCGCAAAGAUCUUUCUACUUACUACAGCUAUGGAGACUUCAUGCUUCAGAUCCUCAGUGAUCUGUUUCCUGUGUCAGAGCUGGUUGAUUUUCUGGAGUCCUGUGAGGUUCAACGUCCAGUCACAAUCAGGACCAACACGUUAAAGACCCGCAGGAGAGAUCUAGCACAGGCUUUGAUUAACCGUGGAGUAAACUUAGACCCUUUGGGUAAAUGGUCGAAAACUGGGCUUGUUAUUUACGAUUCAUCUGUUCCUAUUGGUGCCACCCCUGAAUAUUUGGCUGGUCACUACAUGUUGCAGGGAGCGUCUAGUUUGCUCCCAGUGAUCGCGUUGGCUCCUCAGGAGAAUGAGAGGGUGCUGGAUAUGUGCUGUGCUCCAGGAGGAAAGACCAGCUAUAUGGCCCAACUGAUGAAAAAUACUGGAGUAAUUGUUGCUAAUGAUGUAAACGCCGAACGUCUCCGGAGCGUGGUGGGAAAUCUGCACAGACUGGGAGUUACUAACUGUGUCAUCUCUAAUUAUGAUGGGCGACAGAUUCCAAAGAUCGUAGGAGGCUUUGACAGAGUUCUCCUCGAUGCCCCAUGCAGCGGGACUGGAGUAAUCAGCAAAGACCCGGCCGUGAAAACCAACAAGAGCAUUCAAGAUGUCCAGCGUUGUGCCCACAUACAGAAAGAGCUCGUUGUUAGUGCUAUUGAUUCUUUGGAUGCUCAGUCGCCCACUGGCGGAUACCUGGUGUACUGCACUUGUUCAAUCACUGUGAAAGAGAACGAAUGUGUGGUGGACUACGCGUUAAAGAAAAGGAAUGUGAAACUGGUAGCCACUGGCCUGGACUUCGGGAAGGAAGGAUUUGUAAGAUUUAAAGAACGUCGGUUUCACCCGUCUCUUCGCCAGUGUCGCAGGUUUUACCCACAUACACACAACAUGGAUGGAUUCUUCAUUGCAAAAUUUCGCAAGUUCUCAAAUAUCAUUCCAACCGCAACCAGUGAUAAAACAGAGAAUCCAAACCCUGCUCAACCAAGUGAAGAAAAGAAAAGUGAACCCAAUGCAACUACCGAGGCUCAAUCGAAGACACUCAAAGGUCCAUCCAAGUCACUGAAAAAGAGUCCAUCCAAGUCACUCAAAAAAGGUCCAUCCAAGUCACUCAAAGGUCCAUCCAAAUCACUCAAAAAGUCUUCACCCAAGUUGACUGGAAAAGCUAAAGCCAAAAAACUCAAAAAAGGUCCACCAAAAACAAAAAAAAGUUUCAAGAAAAAGAAUAAAUAGUUUCCAUCACAUCUGCUUGGCCUAGGACUGUGACACAUUGCAGUUGUUUUAUCUCUGGCUAGUUCUCUCUGUGUCACGCUGUACAGAUCGAUCUGCUGCUCUGCAAUACUUGUUUUUGUGACUUUUUUUAUCAUAAAUUUGAGUACAAUGAGAAAUAUGGUAUGGGCUGCGUUGUCCUUAGGGAGGAUGCUGUAUGUUGCGGGUGGGUUGGGAAUCAGAACAUAUUGUAGGCACUAAAACCAUUUUAUUUCAUUGAGUUGGUUAUAGUGCCUGGAGUCCCCUGAUACGGUCCCUCUAAACAGUGAUAAAACUAUUAAUAAACAGUCUAACACUUGCAUGAGGGUCUUUGGUCACACACAGCCCACGGUCCACUGGAGUUAUAUGCUGAGUGCAGAGGUUACACACUUAUAAAACAAUGGGUAGCUUUGGUAGGCUGAAAGUGGUCAGCCCAAGCAGCACUGAAGGGUAUGGUACUCCUGUGUUAAACCAUUUAAUGCUGAUCAUAUGGCAGACACCAGAGGCCUCUAAACCCUAUAACCACUUUAACUAUAUGCUGCAGAGCCUACAGUGUGCUUAUAGGUACACAUUUCCUUUUAAACCUUGCUCCCUUUGGUGUGAAUGUAUACCUACAUCAUCAUUCUGCCUCCAAUUUAACUUUUACCAUCUGCUAAAAGCCAACUAUACUCACCAUGACUUUUCUCUAAAGUAAAUGUUAUUGUUACCAUUCUUA